AUGAAGAAAACCUUUAUAACUUUGAUGUUGUUGAUGGUUGUAGUCAUUUCUUCUAAGUUAGAAGCAUCAGAAUUCCGAAGUCGAGGUAUAUUUGUAGUAAUAGGUAGGGAUGACAUACACAGAAACACAUAAUCUAGAUGUUUCUCGGUUAAAUUGUUAUAAUGAUUUCGAUUUCCUAAUAUCAGAAUUAGAGAGAUGGAUUGAUAUUAUCGAUAAUAGGGAACAAUUGAUUAAGGAUUUGGCAAUAAUAAAUUAGAUAAUAAAUAUUGUUGAAAAAGCAAAAGGUACAAUACCUGUUAUUCAUUCAACUCUGUUGGUUCAGAUCUAAGAAAAAUUAGUUAAGUCUCUUUAGAAUAUUUUUGUUUAAAACAAAUGGGCUUCUUGCAGGGUUGAAGAUGCCCUCGAAUAUGUUGGCUAAUUGAAUUCUACAUAAAGUAUUAUUGAAAUAUAUAGUAGCAAAUGAGGAGAAAAUAGCAUUAGCAAAUUAAAUAAUUGCACAUUUGAGAAAGACAUAAGAGUAAAUAUACGAAUAUUUGAAUUAAUGCUAAUACGUUAGAAGGACUUAAAGUUUGAGAUAAAAAAUUUCUUAAUUAAAAGGAUUAAAGAAGAUAUGUUAACAAGAUUUUAGAAAAGGAAGGAUCAUUUAUGAAAAUGAGUUGGAUUAAGGUGAAGAGAUUAUUUAUUAUGAUGAAAUACCAGGAGAAACAAUAUAUUAUUAUUUUGAAGAGGAGGAUGAAGAAAGUCCUUUAGAUGAUGAAAUAUACGAAGAACCAUAAUAUUAUAUUCAUUAAAAAAAGUAGGAAGGAUAAAAUAAGAAUUUCAAAUCUUUAUAGACUGAUGUGAAUUAGGAAGUAAAAGGAAACUAAAGAUACAUUGCAUUGGGACAUGAGAGUGAAGGCGAAGUUAAGAAUUCUGAUGAAGAAAAUCAGAAUAUUGAUGAAAGUCAAGAAUAGUAACCUUAAGAAUCUGAAAAUGUUAUUUAAGCAGUAAAAGUUAGUAAAGUAGAUGAAACUCAUUCUAAUGAGAAUGUAGAUUCAAAGGAAAACACUGAAUAGAAUAUUAAUUAAGAAGAAAGUUAAAAUGAGACAGAUUCAUAAGAAAACACUUAAGUGAAAGUAGAUUAGUAAAAUGAUAAAGAUGAGCAUUAAAUAGAGUCUACAAGAGUUUAAAGAAGUGAAAUGAAAGCUGAGAAUAAUAAACCAUAAGAUGUUGGAAAAAAAGAGGAGGAAUAAGAUCUUAAAUAAUUAAGAUAACAAUAAAUUGAAGAGGAGAGAUCUUUGAAAAUUUAAUCAUUGAAAGAAGAUGUUAAUACAAAUGAACCAACUUCAUUUUAACCUCCAAAACAUAAAGCAAAUGUAGGUAGGGUUUAAGAAAGGAAAAUAGUGGCUGUGAAUACAAAAUAUUAGAAUUCUGAAUUUGAUGGAGAUACUACAGAGUAGUUUGAAUUUACUGAUAGAGCAUUAUUAUAAGAUUCAUCUGAAUAUGGAUAUGGUUAUUGGAUGAGAUAUAGUGAGCAUAGCAAUAAAGAGCAUGCUAGAAAAGAGGGAGAGUAUUAUUUCCUUUCAAGAAUGACUAUAAAUGAAGAAUAUGAAGAUUUUUCAUUUUAUGGAGACAGAGCAUUAACUGUUUUUUUAUUUGAUAAUUCAUUUGUAUUUAGUACAUAUGAUACAAUUGAAAAACUUAAAACUAAAGACAAGAGCGUAGUAUUAAAUGAGAAUAUGGAUGGAAUGUGGUACUUUGUGAUGUUCUCGUAUAGCAGUCCUUAAAGAAAAGCUGUUGGUUAUGUAGUUUGUUAUGGAGAAGGGAAUGGAAUUUAUAGAGUUGAGAUAGAUGCUACUCAUAUACCUCCCUCUUACAUAAAGAUAAUAUUUGGAGGUAAACAUUUGAAUUAUUAUGGAUUAAAUGGUUAAUUUGCAAAUAUAUUCUAUGAUAUUGAUGCUCCUGCAUUUGUAGAUGGAGAUGAUGCAAUAGGAGAGGUGCUGAAGACAUUGAGUAAUCCUCCUUAGAAUGUUCCUGCAGUUAUCGAUGAAAAUAUAUUGAUGAAAGCUAAACGUUUUGAUGGAAAUGAGAAAGGAGAAUCAUUUCAUUUUGAUCCAUAAGAAUCAUAAUUGAUAAUAGAAGAAUAUGCUAUAGGAUUAUGGUUUAGAUGGAUUGAUAAUCUUAAAGUAGAUGAACCAAAUACAUUUUAAAUAGUGAAUUUAAGAUCAAAUAAAAAUAAGGGUCAAGGAAAGGGAGUUUUGGGAGAUAGAGCAUUAGAAUUACAUCACACUUUUGGAGGAGGAGCAAAAAGUACACUGUAUUUUAAUACUUAUACAAUCAAAGGAAAUAAGGGAAAAGGAUAAGCUUAUCUAUCAAAGACUGUCGAAAGUUCAGAAUUUUUAUGGAGUUAUGUAUAUUUUGGUUAUGACAACGAUGGUGGAAGAGCUUAUGGAGCAUUAAUAAAACCAGGAUAAGUUGGUGAGAUAUAAUUUUAAGGAAUCUAACAUAAAUUAGUAAAUACUUUAAUGGUAACACUUGGUGGGGAUGAUGUAAUAUCUCCAUUUAAUGGAAUGAUAGGAUAUGUUGGUAUUUAUUUGGGAACAGGUGCAUAUAGAGAAGGAUUAGAUUUUGGUAUGACAUUUAAUUAUGGGGAUGGAGUGAUGGCUGUUUAUUAAGUUGGUAAACCAGUCACAUAUGUAGCUGGAGAUGCAAAUACUGCAAGAUAUGUUGAAUAUGAUUCAGUUGAAAAUGUUGUUGAUAAAAUCAUCAUACAUAAUGAUGAAGGUAUGAGAAUCAAUGGAUAAAGUGAAUAUGGUUUUGGUAUGUGGACAAGAUGGUUAAGUACUUUACCUAAAUAUUUGAAUAAAAGAGCUCCAAUUCAUAACAUUGCUAGAAUAGGAACUUAAGGAUAUGUUAUAGAAUCUAUUGAUGGAAAAUUAGUUAGAUCUAAUUCUAAUAGGGCUAGUACACCAAAAGAUACAACCUUGUCAGUUGCUUUAGGUACUGAUUCAUAUGAAUUUCAAACCUUAAAAUUAAAAGAAGAACUCCCAUUUACAUAAUUGGAAGGAAGAUGGCACUAUAUUUAUUUUGGAUAUAAGAGACAUGCUAAUAAAGGAUUAGCUAAAGGAUAUGUAUAAUUUGGAGUUGAUGCCGAGGUAGAAGAAGUUAAUUUCGAUAUUUAUCAUGAUUUCUUACUUGAAUAUGUUGAAUUUAUUGUAGGUAAGACUGCUGCUCCAUUAUUUAAUGGAGAAAUGGCCAGAAUUACAUUUUCAUUUGGACCUGGUUCUUUUAUUCCUACAACUGAUACUUUAAAGCUUUUUACUUAGAAUACUCUUCCAGAAAAAGCUUUUAUUCAUCCAGUUUCAAGGUAAACUUUACAAUUAGUUGGAGCACCUCGAUAACUUAAAGAAGAACCUAUUUAAUUUGAAUUCGAAAAGUAUUAAGGCGCAGAAGAAUAUGCUUUGUCAGGUUGGGUUAAAUGGAAUGGACCACUUGUUACUGGUAAAGUAGCUCAUCUUAUUACUAUGGCUUAAAAAAGAUUAAAUGAUUUAGAUGGUAAAAACGAGGAAACUUUACAAAUUACCAGAGGAGAUUAGGCUUUUAAUUUUAUUACUUAUAAUCAAAAUAAAGAGGAAUAUAAAUUAGUUUCUCAUGAUGAAUCAUAUGGAGAAUAUUCUGAUCAAUGGACAUAUAUUUAUUAUGGAUUCUCCUAAUAAUUAAGAAAAACAUAUGGAUUUUUAAAAUAUACUUUUACAGAAAGUGAAUUUAGACAAGAAGAGGUUAAUCAUUUUUAUUUAGCAGUCUUUUCUGUCCUUAUUUAAGAGAAAUAAUAAUUUACAUAAUUUAUAGGUUAGAUUAAAACUUGGGUUAUAAAUGUUGGAGAUGGUGCCUUUAGAGAAGGAGGUUUUGAUGAAAAUGAAAAUGUUAAAGUCCAUUUUGGAUUCAUUAGUGGAACUGACCAUAUUAAAUUGUAAUAAGCCGGAUAAGAAGCUCAUCAUGAAGAAACUAUAUUAGAAUGUUCAUCUCAAAAUAAAGAAGUUCCUUUAUAAAUUGAAUUUUAAUAAAGUGAUAAAUUGCAUCUACAUGGAGUUAGUGAAUAUGGGUAUGGAUAUUGGGUCAAAUUUUAAUACUUUGCAAAUAAAAAUACAAUCUAUAGUAGACCACCACUUAUGGGAUUAAGUAGAUUGACUACAAAUAAAGAUUAUAAAGAUUUUGAUGCUCCAGGAGAUAGAGUGCUUUUAGUAUUGCUAGGAAAAUCUUCUUAUCAUUUUGGAACAUAUGAUGUAAUUACUAAAUCAAAUAAUGUUGCUGGAGACAUUCCUUAUUAAAUUGAAUCAGAGAGUGAAUGGACUUAUGUUUAUUUCAGUUUUAAGAGAAUCUCAUAAACUCAAGGACAUGCAAUGGGGUUCACUCAUUAUAAAGAAACAACUUCAGGAAUUUAAAUGGAUGUUAUGCAUUCAUUAUUAAAUGAUUAUUUGUAAUUGAUAGUAGGUAAUGCAGGAAAGUAUUACGCAUCAUUCAAUGGAUAAAUAACAACAAUUCGUUUCAAUUUGGGACCAGGAUCUUAUAUUGACACAAAAUAGGGUUUAUUAUAGAGAAUUAAGAAUAAGGAUACAAUUCCAGAUACUUUAUAAAUUACAAAAAAGUUUGAUGUUUUGAUUGGCAAACAUGAUGUGACUAAAAUAGAAGAAGAACAACAUAUUACUCAUGUAAAUGAAGAGGCUAGAGAAUACAGUGUUUAAUUGUGGUUUAGAUGGUUCAAAUAAUCAGUUAAAACAUAGCAAUUAAUAUAUAGAUUCACUUCAACAAAUCCUGAUAGCCUUGGAGAUGCACAAAAGAUAGGAGAUAGAACUUUGGCUCUAUUUCAUACAGAUGGUAUAGAAUUUAGCAGUUAUAGUUUAAAUCCAUUUUCUUUAUCAAAUUCAUAUGAGGCAAAAAUUCCAUCAUAAUAAUUGGAAGUAUGGACAUUUGUGUAUUUUGGAUAUUCAAAACAUCAUUAAAAAAUUAGUUAUUAUUUAUUAGCUGAUGAUGAUGAACACAAAGGAUUAGAGGCAGCAUUACAUGCAGUUUCAUCAAAUUAUUGGUUAUUUUUGACAAAAGAUGCUUUGAUAAAACCAUUUGAUAGUAGAUUAGCUUAAGUUAUUUUAAAUAUUGGAGAUGGUAGCUAUAGAGAAGAUAAUUUUAAUACACUUUAAGUUUAUUUGGCAGCACCAAAAUUGUUUAGUUCAGAUAGUAAAUUUGAUUGGGAAGCAGAUGAUACAAUAACACUAGUAUCAAGUGAUCCUGAAAAGUGGGGAUCAAAAAUUACAUUUGCAGAACCAGAGAGAAAAAUAGAAAGUGUUCAAGAAUAUUCAGUUGGAUUAUGGGCAAGAUAUUUAUAAGCUUGGCCUUAAAGAUAAUGGCAUAAACCUAUCGAAAUGCAAAUUUUCAGACUCACUUAUAAUGAUGAAAGAGAAAGUGGAAAAAUUGCUGUAGGAGACAGAAUUUUAAGUUCUUUUAUAGUAUCAGAAAACUAUUUGUUUGGAACAUAUGAUUUAAAUGACGAUGCUCCAAAUGAAAUUAGUACAAUACCUUAUUCUUAUUUGGAAGGUAAAUGGCAUUACAUUUAUGUUGGUUAUAAAAGAUAAUUGUAAUAAGCAAAUUAUUUUGUUUUUGAUGGACAAGAUAUUAAACACGCUACAAAUGAUAAAUUAUUGCAUAAACCUCUUGGUGAUUAUGUUCAUCUGAUUUUUGGAGGAGAAAAAGAUGUAUUUCCAUUCUAAGGAUUAUUGACAGAAGUAGCUGCUCAUUUUGGAGUUGGAUCAUUUAUAAAUAAUGGAGAAGAAUUAUUAAAAUCAAUAGAAACUAGUUUUGCAUUACCUUAAGAAUUAACAGUAGAUUAUAUUCACAAAUAAAAACAUGGUUAAUAAUAAUUGAUUGGAGAAGGGGAUAAUAAUGAAGGUACUGAAAGUACUGGAGAUACUUGGAGUGGAGUAGGUGAAUAUGCUAUAUCUGGAUGGUUUAAGAUUUCAGAAACUUAGAUCAAAAAAGAUGGAGAGAUUAACUCACCUUGUUAAAUUCUAUUUAGAAUUACAAAUAAUGAUAAAGAAAAUUUAAAUGAUCGUAAAGUAUAAGGAGAUAGAGCCUUAUAUGCUUAGAUAUGUACAAGUGACACAAUUAAAUUGAGCACUUAUACAAUUAAGGGACUAAAGGAUUGGAAUGAAGCAAAAUUUUUAGAGGAAAAAGUUGAAUUAACAGUCUCUAAAAGGGCUUGGUCUUAUAUCUAUAUGGCUUAUAAUGAAGAUAUUGGUGAAGUUCAUACAUUGUUACAUCUGUUUGCAGAAGAUAAACCAGUCAUUUUUAAGGGAGUUUAACAUUUUGUUCCUCAUUUUAUUGGUAUUUAUGUUGGAAAGGAUCCUCAUUCAAGAAAGUUCUAAGGGGAACUUUAAAAGUGGGUUGCUUAAUAUGGAUAAGGAGCUUUUAUAGAUGUUUUAAAGAAAGGAUAUGAAGAUAAUUUACCUAAUUAUAGACAUAUUUAAAUUAAUUAAAAAUAUUUAUGGUAUGAAAAAUAAGAAAGAGUAAUAUAAAGUCCUGAAAAAGUAGAGGUUACCUUUACAUAAGAAACAGAAUCAGUUGAUGAAUAUGCUAUUGGUGUUUGGACAAGAUGGCUUAUUGCAUUUCCUAAUACUUUGACUGAAAGAGCAGAUGUUCAUACUAUUUUUAGAUUCUCAAAUACAAAAUAAUAUUAAGAUAAGAGUGAAUUAGGAAAUAGAAUAUUGGCAGCAUUCCUUACAAAAGGUAAUUAUGAAUUCAGUACAUAUGAUUCCUCUAAACCAACUAAUGCUGUUGAUGGUUAAUUACCAUAUGAAAGCAUUGAAGGACAAUGGACUUAUGUUUAUACAGCUUAUAAAAAUAAAUAAUUUUAUGGAAUGAUAUUGUUUAAAGAACAACAAAAAGCAGUUCAUCUGACCUUAGAUGUUACUCAUUAAGUACUUACUGGAUAUGCACAUUUUGUUUUAGGAGUAAGUGAAUUUGGUUAUAAAGCAUUUCAUGGCUGGUAUUUCGAUCCAAGAAUUUUCUUAGGUUCUGGUAGCUUUAUUAAUGAUUCUCAAAAAGUUGUUGAAAUGAUACACAAAUUACAUCGUAAAUUACCAGUAUCUCCUUAAUAAGCUGAAGAUUUUAAAUGGCCUGUAUCUAUGAUGGAUACAACAAAUUGGGAAGACAUGGAUACAAAAAAAGAUAAACUCAAUUAUCAAUUCACUGAUAAAGCUUAAGUUGAAUCAUAUAGUUUUGGAUUUUGGUAUCAAAAUGCUGUUUUAUUACCUGAAAUGGAAAAUGAUUAUAGAGGUUUAAUUAGAUUGACUACUAAUGGUCCUGAUAUUGCUUCAGAUGAAAAAUUCAUAGGAGAUCGUACUCUAGCUGUUUUUACAAAGACUGAUUAAUUAUUAGCAAGUACAUAUACUAUAAAAGAUCCUUCUUUCGAACCAGUUUCUCAUACAUUUGAUUUAAAAAAACAUUAAUGGACAUUUGUUUACUUUGGAUAUGAGAAAGGUCAUGCUAGAGCAUAUAUUUUAUAACCUGAAGGACCUCAAGAAAAAGUUUUGUUAGUUCAACAUAUAAUUCCUAAUGAAUUCAAUCUUCAUAUUAUUAAUGAUAUUGGCCAUCCUGCAUUUUGGGUAUAAUAAAUAAUAAAUUUCUAGGGUAAAAUCUAUGGAUUAAAAGUGAACUUUGGAGAAGGAAGUUAUCUUGAAAAUCCCUUAGAACUUAUAGAUAGAUGGCCAUAUGAUCCAAAAUAACACAAAGAUAUUGACAAAUAAGGAUAAAAGGCAUUAUGUACAUUUUUUUAAAUAAUUUAGCUAUUAACUCUGCUAAAGUUUCUAAGUAGAAAUCAGAAGAAUUCAAAGAAUGAGCU